AUGUCAUUCUUAAACCUCGACUGCCAGUUGAACCGGAAAAAAGAGAACUCACAACGACCGUUAUUUGAAGGGGAGGAAAUGGAGGGCUUUUCAAGCUAUAAUGCCAGUAAUUUGCUAUACAAGAGACCCGCUUUUGAAGGAUCUGUCGUGAAUCUCUACGGAUCCAAUCAGUACUCGCAGUAAAUAUACGAUGAAAACGAAGAGCCAGACUCCCUCUACACAGCAUUCGACCUUUUAGGGAUGCAAUCGACUCAACAUUACGAAGAGCAGCAAUUUACUGAUGUGAUGAGUUAGUAGCAUUUGAUGAUUAGCAAGAACCAGACCUUAGAACAAAUCCAAGAUUUGCAAUCAGAAAAGAUAUUUGAAUAAUCUGAUCUUCAUUUUCAGAACAUUCAAACUGUUUCUGAUCUUCAAUAGUAACUAGCGAAAAAUCAACUAUAUCUUGCCUAAACAUAUUCAGCAGCUGCAAACUCUCAAUAAAUAUAGAGCUAAGCCCUUAGCGAAUUGACAUCACUAGCUGCCAACGAAAGAUUAGACGCUUAACCAGGGGAUGACGCUAUUUACUAACUAGAAGCUAAAAUCCUAUUUAACAUAUAGCAGAGGGACCAGAUGUACUACUCGGUUAAUCCAUACUAUCUGCAAAACAAGCAAAAGCAUCUCUAAUGGCACAUGAGAGUUUUAUUAAUUGAUUGGAUGAUGGAGGUAUGUGAUGAGUUUGCGCUAAUGAGGGAAACAUACCACCUUGCUGUGACUUUCACCGAUCUUUUUCUUAGUCGAUAGAUAUGCCCGAUUGAAAAAUUAUAAUUGCUAGGUGCUAGUAGUCUAAUGCUCGCUUGCAAAAUUGAGGAAAUAGUGUGUCCUCGUGUAAGAGACUUUGCUUUCGCAACAGAUCAUGGGUUCAAUCAUUAAUAACUAGUUGAAAUGGAAGUGGAUAUUUCAAGGGCUAUGGAAUUCCAACUAUAUCCUGUAACAUUAAACUAUUGGGCAAACUAUGUAAUGGCUAAGUGGGAUAUUUAUGCCAGAACCAACCCCUUCAACUUUGCCUUACUAUCAGGUAUUGUUGAUGAAGACUCUCCAAGGCCAAUGAAAGGACAAAUUCCAUUUUUCAAGACUGAUAACAUUGAAGAUUAUCGCAGGUUUAGGAGUAUAUUGCAGGUACUUGAUCUUUCACUUCUUGAUUUGGAAUCUUACAAGUAUAACAAGCUUGAGAUUGUAGCCAGUGCCACAUACUUCUAAAUUGGCUUGUUCUAUUAAGUAUUUACUAGAAGAGAUAUAUCAAUGAUGCCAAAUAUCGAAACUCUCCUAAUAAACAUUGAAUAGCAAGGACUGGAGUUCUCUCUUAUGAUGCAGAAUUUUUUAGGAAUGAAUUUUAACCUGAAUAUCCAGGAGAUAGUCGGAACUCUAUAAUAUGUUUCUCGGCUCUUCGGUCUCGAGCCUUGUCUCGACUUUCCUAUUAUUAUAUAAAAGCAAAAAAGAGAAAUUAAAAAUCAGGAGGAGUUUUUUUCAUUUCAAUCGCAUGUUAAAGGGGGUAUGGAGUACGUUAAAUAUAUAAAGUAGCAAUUUAGAAAUUCUCAAUCUCAAAAUCAACACUCUUAACAAUGA